CUGCGGACAUCAUUCUAACCUAACCUACAAAUAAAUUUCAAAUAUGAGUUAAAAUAAAUAAAAAUGAUUUUGAUUAAUAACUUCUUCAUUCGACACGCUAAUAAGUUAAUAAAACAAGCAUACUGUACAAAUAUAAGUAGUUUGUCAAAAGUUGAAAGAAUUAAAUUCCUAAGGAAAAUGGCCCGACCUAAUUCAAGGGAAAACCCGGUAAUAAUGAAACUAGACUCUCAAGAGUUCCACUCUAUAUUCAACGACGAAUUACGGUCUUUAGUAUCGUUGUUUAAAGAGUAUGGCUACGAAAUUCGAAUUGCAGGUGGAGCAGUAAGGGAUCUUUUAAUGGGAAAACAACCCAAAGAUUUAGAUUUUGCUACUACAGCCACUCCGACCCAGAUGAAAGAAAUGUUCGUAUCUGAAAAUGUACGAAUGAUAAACGCCAAUGGAGAAAAACAUGGCACUAUCACACCUAGAAUAAAUGAUAAAGAAAAUUUCGAGGUAACUACUUUAAGGAUAGAUGUGGUAACUGAUGGUAGGCAUGCAGAAGUACAGUUUACAACAGAUUGGAUGCUAGAUGCAUUGAGAAGAGACUUGACAAUCAAUUCAAUGUUUCUAGGUCUAGAUGGUUCUAUUUAUGAUUACUUUUAUGGACAUGAUGAUCUUCAAAAACGAAGGAUAGCUUUUGUGGGGGAUGCUGUAACUAGGAUACAGGAGGAUUAUUUGAGGAUUUUGAGAUACUUCAGAUUUUAUGGUAGGAUUGCCUUAGAACCAAACAAUCAUGAAGAAGGGACACUUAAAGCUAUUAGGGAUAAUGUUCAUGGUUUAGAGAAUAUUUCUGGAGAGAGAAUUUGGAUGGAGCUGAAAAAAAUUCUCGAAGGAAAUUUUGCUGGGGAUUUGAUGAAAAUAAUGCUUGAAAAUGGUCUGGCUCUAUACAUAGGGUUACCAGAAAAACCGAAUCUUGACGAAAUGAAACGAGUGUGGGAACAAAGUGGUCAUCUUAAUUUAAAUGCAAUCACAUUGCUUGCAUCCCUUUUAAAUACGGUUGAAGAUGCCAUUGAUUUACAUUCAAGACUGAAAUUAUCAGCAUUUGAAAGGGAUUUGGCUGUCUAUAUUGUGGAAAACAGAGCUCCAAAAUUACAUCCGAAACCUUUAAUGCCAUUCCAACAACAGAUAUUGAAGUCUAUGUCAAAACCGACAAAUACUCAAAAAAUGGCUGUAGAAGUGUUAAAAUAUAACAAUUCGUCCUACUGGGAAGAGCUUGAGAAAUGGGAAAUUCCUAAAUUUCCAGUAAGUGGGAAUGUGUUGAAGGAAAGAGGAGUCGAAGGGGGUAGAAUGAUGGGCCAAGUUUUGAAUGAGUUGAAACAUUUUUGGGCAGACCAUGAUUUUAGCUUAUCUGUGGAUGAAAUUUUAAAAGAACUACCGAGAGUUUUAAAUACUAUAGCAGAAAAAAAGAAAAAGAAGUAAAUAUUUAUUGUUUUUUUUUUAAAUAAAUUUAACAAGUGUAUAAAGAUUUUUAAUAAAAUUUGUUUUAAAAGUA